AUGGCCAAAUUCCGUAUCCUCUACGCAGCUCUGUCUGCUCUCCUUCUGGGCUCCCAGUCGUGUCUGGCGGCCAACGCACCGCAAGGCUGCAAAAAGCUGCAUACUGACGAUGACUGGCCCUCGCUCGAAGAGUGGCAGAGUGCGAUCCUCGGAGUGGUCGAGGAGGAUAACAGUGACAGCCAUGGAAGUCUGCCUGACUGCCGCAUCCGUGCAAAGAGCUAUGCCGAUGUUCAAUCUGCCGUCAAGUUUUCUGCAGAGCACAAUAUCCGGCUGACGGUACUCACGACCGGCCAUGACGAGGUCGGGCGCAAUACCGCAGGAUCAGGUCUGAUCAUCGACAUUUCACUCUUGAAGAGUGCGAGAGUAUCGACGUCUUACAGUGCCACGACGGACGGUGUGCCCAGCCUCGAAGCCGACGAGGAACCGCAAGUUAUUGAGCCAUUGCCUGGCGCUCAAGCUGUUGUCACAUUUAAUCCGGCUUUCAAUGGACUAGAGCUGAACAAAGCCCUUGCGCAGUCCGGCUUGUUUUACGUGGGAGGUACUUGGGCUGGCGUAUCAGCAGCAGGAGGUUUCGGCCAGGCCGGCGGAUAUGGACCUCUCACUGCUCAGUACGGCCUGGGCGUUGAUCAGUGGCUCGAGGCUAAGAUCGUGACUCCGGAUGGUGAGCUCCUAAUCGCAAAUGAAGUCUCUAAUCCCGAUCUCUUUUGGGCUAUUAGAAGCGGGGGCGGAGGCACUUUCGGCAUUGUGGUUGAAGCCACAUUCAAAACAUAUCCAACGAUACCUAUACUCUCCUUUCAUUGGUAUAUUAACUCGACUUUAACUGUCAACGCGACAAACUCGGAUGGCCGCACACCAACCAGUGAAGCCAUGGAAUAUCUAGUCUCAGAGUUGCCAGACCUCCACAGCAGAGGGAUCUCGGCCUAUUUCUUUGUCUUCCCCAACAACAUCAGGUGCCACGCCAUACAUCCGGAUCACUUGGCCAAUGCUACCGACGCGAACGAGAUCUGGGGCCCCAUACUUACCAAAAUGCAAUCUUUCGAGGGCAUGACUCCGUUCCAGAGCAAGCAUUACCACUACUCCAACUUCAAGGACUUCUAUGAGACUACCUAUGGACCAUCGAACGAUCCCCCUAUCCCCACGAGCCGCGGCAAUGUUCCUACCCUCAGUGGAACAGGGGGGUCGUACGGUGUAUUGAUGGCUGGGCCAGGGAUGGCCGUUGGUGAUGGAAAGGAUACAUCUGCGAACCCCGGCUGGAGGAAGGCCACCAUCCUAAUCAAUGCUUUCAAAAGCAACACCACAAACGCCGACGGGCUACGAGAAUUGGCGCCUGAAAUGGGGACGUACAUCAAUGAGGCUAGCAUUUACGAACCAGACUGGAGCAAGUCUUUCUGGGGUGAUAAUUACCCGCGCUUAUCUACUAUCAAAGAGGAGAUUGACCCAGACAUGGUGUUCUGGGUAAGCCCGGGCAUCAACGCCAACUACGUGGAGGUAGUCGAUGGCAGAGUCUGUCGCGUCCAACCUACUCCGCAGGAGCCAUCUAAAUACGCGCCAAGCAUGGAUAGAGUUGUCGAGGCCGAUCUGGAGAAUGAUACUGAGUUUCUGUUUGGAAACCAGGAAUUGACUGGCAUUCAGUUUCCGGCACCUGGGGAGCUUGUUGGGCUACAGCCAUAG